UGGUUUCCAGUAUUUUAUCUCUCCAGGGCCAACAGAGGGCCGAAGAUUUCAGAAUAAAAUGUAAAAGAGGUGGGAGAAAAACAGCUGGGCUGGCAGAAAAAGUUAAGUGACAAUUUCUGAAAGGACAUCCCAGCUUACAGUCGUCCUCCCACCAACAACACAUGCUCUAUCCACUCGGUUCACCCGGUGUGCAAGGUGUUGCAUUGGGAAGAUCUAACAACAGCAACUAAGGUUCAAGUGCUGUGGAAGAGGACAAUCAUCACUGGAGAGGAAUCAUAGCCAGACCUCAGCUGGCUGCAGGCAAAUCUUUCACUUCAUCUGGAAAACCAGACCACGCUUAAUCAUUUCCCAACGAAGGACGCUACAAAGAGAAACUUUGAAGAAUUAAAGGUUGACAUGGCUACCCUCCAGAAGCUUUUCAGUAUUUUGUGCCUGAUAACUCUAGUUGUCAGCCAGGACAUGCCUUACGAGGAACUUCUUGCCCAGAUCCAAGCCUGUCCAAAGGAGUGCAGCUGUCCCCCAAACUUCCCCCGUGCAGUGUACUGUGACAACAAGGGGCUAAAGAGCUUCCCUAAAAUCCCCCCCUACACAUGGUAUCUCUAUCUGCAGAAUAAUCUACUUGAAACAGUGCCAACAGAUGCGCUGCAGAAUGCAACACAGCUGCGCUGGCUGAACCUAAACCGCAACAAAAUUACAAGUGACGGAGUAGACAAAGGUGUCCUGGGUACAAUGAAACACCUGGCUCACCUAUAUAUGGAUGAUAACCUGCUGUCCACUAUACCAUCUCCACUCCCAGUCAGCCUUGAGCACUUACGUCUCUCUCGCAAUCGCAUCUCCAAAAUUCCUGCUGGAGUGUUUGUUGGUAUGGAUAAGCUAAAUUUGCUAGAUCUCCAGGGGAACAAGCUGAUGGAUGAUGCUGUCACUGAAGUGAGCCUAAAAGGUCUUACCAACCUGGUUCAAAUCAAUCUUGCUAAGAACCAGCUGAGUAAUAUGCCCCUUGGACUGCCACCCACAACCACCCAGCUUUUUCUAGAUGGUAACAACAUUGAAAAAAUUCCUGCUGACUACUUCAAAGGUUUGCCAAAAAUGGCUUUUCUAAGGCUCAACCACAACAAACUUGGCAGCGGUGGUGUUCCAAAAGACAUUUUUAAUAUCUCCAGUAUGCUGGACCUACAACUGUCUCACAAUCAACUAACAGAAGUCCCAGUCAUUCCGUCAGGCCUUGAACACCUUUACCUUGACCACAACAAGAUUGCAAGUGUGAAUGGCUCCUCGGUAUGUCCCAUCUCUUUUGAUUCUCUGGAUGACUCCAUGAAUGAAAGUCUGCCAAAACUGCGUUAUCUCCGACUGGAUGGCAAUGAGAUCAGUCCACCAAUUCCCAGGGAUGUGGUCAUGUGCUUUCGUCUCCUUAGGUCUAUUGUUAUCUAACCACAAAGCAACUAAAUGUUGCUUGCUAAUUUGGUAAUUCGCAACUAUUAAAAGGACAUUGAUGUUUUUCCAAUAUAUGAGAUUUGCAAAGUUUAAGCUAACAUCAAGUUUUUCAUUGUUACGUCUUGGGAAGCCUUUGAAGUGGAACAGGAAUUAAAUCUAAAAGAAACACACUGAUCAAUAGUUGUUCUUGAUAUAAAAUUUGCUGACCACUAGUUGUGCCUUAUGUCAGUGAAAAAUAAACUGUGUGUAGACUUCUAAACUUAAAGAUAGUACCGUCUAACAAGUGUAAAUAAAUACAGGAAGCAAACUGUAUGUGUUAAUGGAAUGUCUAGAGAUUUCGGACUGAAUUUUUUAAAUUGCAAAAUCUCCAUAUUCUUAUUUUUCUUUUGCUAUUUUGUAUUUGUAGGCAGAGGCUAAAUAAACAGUCCUGUGUUAAAUGUUUUUAUUUUUAUUUGCUUAUAAUAAGAAACUGUCUCCUUUAAAUAUGUAUAAAUAUAUAAAGUUGGUAAUUUAUUUGUAUUUAAUAUUGGGAUAAGGUGAGUAGAAUACUGUGAAUACUCAAGGCCAACAAUGCUUAUUGUUUUGCAUACCAACAAUGUGAAUUAUGCCAACUUUUUUUAUCUUGGUCUUUUUUUUCCUGAAUACACCGAGCAGGAGGUUCCAUUUAAAUUCUGAUAAAUACAAA